GACUUGUUUAGAUGACAUGUUUUAGAGCUUGGAAGAUAAUAAGACUUGGGAGUAGACUUGGAGGCGACAUUUCUCUUUAAAACCAUCAUGCAGAACACAGCAUGCUUUUGUACUGAUGGGGGGAAAGUCCAGCAUGGCUGUUUUGCUGCUUGAGGUUUGGAAAUUGCUCCUAAAAUAUCUUUGGCUAAAUCUUUGGAAUGGUCUUGUUCAUUGUAUUGAACAACAGUUCACUACAAAUGUCAAGCAGUUCAGUAAAAUGUGAAGUAUUCCACUUACAGCACUCAUAAACUCCACUAGUCUGUGUGACUAACACAUUGUGUCUGUUUGCAGUUUGGAUUGAAUUGGUGUGCUUAUCAAAAUACAAACCCAGAGUUAACAGUGAAAGAUUUUCUAACCUUGUUUUCUUUGAUACAUCUUUGAUUAGAGAAGUGGCAGAUUUCCCGGUUUGUCUGAGAAAACUUGCAUCAAGGUCAGUAGGUUUGACCCUAAGUAGUUAGUAGUGCAGCUUCAGAAUGCCUCGAUGAAGAGAUUUCUGUUCAAUAAUUAACAGCUUUGCAGAAACAAUCAGAGAAGCUAUUGAUGGAUGUCACCACACUUUGCUGAGAAAUGGCAUGGAAGUGUGCGUAGAAAAGUCAGAUAUGCACCGUUACACAGGGCAGGAAUGCAGUCAUGUGUUAUUGGAAAUCAAAGCAAGAGAUUAAGUUAUGAAGAAUGUCCGGAAAGCCUGAGAGCUUCUCAUGAUUGUGUGGAAUAACAGUUCUAAGACAGCAUUGCUGCUGCUGCCGCUGCUGUUUUAUGACUGUUUUAUUGGGUGAAAUUCAUGCCUGUGUAGUUCCUCAUUUUAACUGUAAGUAGGUUCUAGGGUUACAAGGAAUGCUCAAAGCACAAUCAGUGCAGUCUUUUUCUCCUUCCUGUGAGCAGUGUGUACUGGGGCUUUGUUUAGUGGUGGAGGCAGUCGAUGUCCACCAGAAAAGUACCUAGCAGCAUUGACUCAGAGUGCAAGAAUGUCAGCUCUCUCUCUCUCUCUCUCUCUCUCUCUCUCUCUCUCUCUCUCUCUCUCACUCACACACACACACACACACUCUCGCUCUCCAUCCAGCUCUUUUUCCAUCUCUUCCCCUCUCUGCCACCCAUCUCCCUCCUCUUUCUUGCAAGAGGCCAAAGUUCUGCCUGCUGACUCAGUCUAGAAAUCACCCGAAUGCUUUUUUUUUUUUUUUUCCUCCAACUGAGCCUUUGCGACUCCAAUAGCCUGUACUCUGUACUCACUAUUGAAGUUUUUACAAUGAAGCUGUGUUCUAUAGACUAGAGUCAAAGCCACUUAAAAGUGACUGAAUGACUGAAUGGGAAUCUUUCUUUAUAGACCUGUAUGCCUAUGAACCCACAUAAUUCCAAACUAUGCACUGCUCUGAAUGGAAGAAUCCGAGAGAUUAGUCCUAAGGACGAUCUCUUUGACUGUUAUGCUCAUUUCGGCAUUACCUGCCAUCACUUGCAUACCUCAGUACAUCUUUGUUGUAGUCCUCUGAUGCAAGACAUUGUCCUUAGGAAAGGGAAAGAUCUUAUAGAGCGCUCUCUGCCCAUUUUAUAAACAUAACGCAGCCCAAUGUGCACUCAGCCUCUGCCCAGUGCAGACAGACACCUCUGUGGUGGAAUGUGUCACCAUUUUCCAGACACAAUCACAAGGGUGAGUUUCAGAGCCUUUCGCAUUAAUCACGUCUCAAGCAGGAUGUCUCACUAUAUGCUAGACUCCAGGAUUUAAGCUUGGUCUUAAUAGUAAUGUGCAGUCAAACAUUGGAGCCCUGGACUAAGCUUAAGCUGUGACUCGGGGGGGGAAACAAACCUGUGACUUUUUUUUUUUUUUUUUUUAAUUUAAAUAACACAGUGUGGCUACAUGCAUAAACCGUGUGGAAGAUUUACAGUUUCCAGGGACUUUUGUUGUUUCAUUAUGCAGCUGACAAGCUCGAUCUUGUCACCGAACAUACCUUUCCAAUUAUCAGAGUGACCCAACCAAAACAGGUUCAGUUGCUUCUCUUUGGUUUGUGGUUUUAACUAGUUCUGUAGCAAGAGUAUAGAAUGUGAAACUACGUACAUCAGCGAUGACUGGUGCAGAUUUGUCAUUCUCAAUCUCAAUCACUAGUCAUAAAUUGCGCUUUCUUAAAUUUUUCGUUUUGUUUUUUUAAGCAUGAGUGGGAAAAGGAACAGGGCUCAGAGAGAAACUGGUUCAUGGUUUCAGUGACAGAGAUGAAGCAGCAAUCUCAUCUCUCCACCACAUGCUUUCCAUUAAAGCUUUGGAUGAGGGAGUGGAAGGAGGGGGGUGAGAGGGGCUAAGAGGCAGAGCGGGGAAAAGCUCUGUGUUUCUGAAUACUUGGGUUUGUAUCAGAGACUUGCGGGGGGAGAAAACCACAAUAUAGAGACCUUGUUGGAGUUGGUGAAGGAAAGGGAGAAAAGAAAUGGAGGGAGUUAUUUAAUGACUCACUCUGGAUUUUCUUUCUCCCACAAUGGCCCAGGUUUACAAAGUUCCUCAUAUCAAGAUACAAGGUACACAAUUUUUUAAACUGUUUAGGCUGAACAUGUUUGUGAUACAGUACAUUUAGCAAAUUUUCAGAUUCCAAAAUAGUUGGAGCCUUGGUAAUAAAUCUAGAGCUAACUGAUGCAUCACGUCGUCCUCUGCCUUUUCUCAGCAAGGACUUUCCAUCAAGUCCCUCGUUUAAUGGAACACAAUCUCCUGAAAUCAAUCACUGUGAAUUCCAAGGGCAGAGCACAGCCGAGGGGGAAGGCUUUGGAUUUUGGAUUCUGAAGGAGAAAAGUUAGAGCGAUGAACAUGGAAAUGGAAGGAGGACGGGGAAGAGUGUGAGCAGAUGUGUCAAAGUUUCUUGGCCUACUUUUCAGUCUGGCAGUGUGAGAAUCUCCCCUGAGCUGGGAGUAAUGGACACCAAGGGAGGCUGUUCUUUACACUUUCUCCACGCUCCCAGUGCCAGACCUUUCCAGAUUGGAAUGUUGCAUUUCCUGCUUUGUUCCUGCCAUGUGUUUCUCAGUUUCCCUCCUCUUCCUAGUACUUACUCCUUCCUAGUACUUACUCCUUACUUACUUCUUUUAUUGCAUACCUUUUAUGUAAAUUCUUUUAUUUACUUCGCUAACUCCUCACUCUUUCACACAGGCUUUCACACAGUUGUCCCCACUAUACGUUGGGUAAAUACACCAUAAUAUUGUUAGUACAUUUCAUUAAAAAAAAGUCUAGAGGUCUAGAGUUUUCCGUGUGUAAAGACAGUGCUCUGGAAACCAGUAAACCUCUAGAAGGCUCCACAGAUGCUCCCCUGUUAUGUAAACACAUCCUGUGAGUAGUGAAGCUUGUGAAUGUUUCUCACAUCACAAGGUUUUUCUCGGCCUCUGCAAGGGCUCUGUAAGGUCACGCUCAUCUCCCAUCCCUCUCUGUGUUCAGCUGUCAGGAGGUUGUUGUGUCAGACCUGGAGGAAUGUGGCCUUACUGCUCCUUAACGUUAGAUAUUUUUGCCGUUGAUGCCAGAGGCAAAGUGCAUAAUUUCACUACUGGUAGGGAAAAAGAGAGAGGUGACACACAGUUGGUGAGAGAGAACAAAAGUCUUUCAGGCAUCUGGCUCUGGCUCUAUAAAGUAAGAAGAAGAACUGAAGGAGUUGCUGGGCGUUCAGGAGCUCGCGUUCAGGAGCCUGUGCAUUUUGGAGCACCUUGAAGAACUUGUGGUGAGCAGCGAGCCGGGCCAGAAUCAGCGCCAUGAGCGGCCAGUAGUGAAUCACGACGCCAGCUUCAGCAGCCACACAGUUCUUUUCACUGUCAUCAUCAUCAUCAUCAUUGCCAUCUCUGUAAUAGUCCUGAGGAGGGAGAGGCAGUGAGGGCACAGGAGGGGGAAUGAAAACUUGUGGGAAGAGCAACAGGAAAUGGAAGUUACAGUAUGUUUUUUUGGGAUGUUUCGGAAAAAAGCUUCAUCCUCCUUGAGAAUGCGGAGAAUAUCAGAAAGGGGCGUAGACCGCGGCCGAAGCUCCUCCUUCCAUGAGGUGGGUGGCUUGCGAGAGCUGGAAAUGAGGGGGGCAGCCUCCGUUUCCGAAGAAACCUCGAGCACCGGUGCAAGCGGCGGAGGCCACACCGUCCUGCAGCGACUCCUGCAGGAGCAGAUGCGCUAUGGCGAAGGCAGAAACUACCUUGCCUUGCAGCAACAGCAGCAGCUGCAGCAGCAACAGCAGCUGCAGCAGCAACAGCAGUCACAGCCUCAGCAACAGCAGCAGCUCCUGGGCCCAGGAGACGAACACUCCAUGGUCCCUCACAUUGCCCGACAGGAGCCACAGGGCCAAGAGCUGCAGGCAGACAGUGGCAUGGAGAAGCAGCUGAACCCCCGAGGCACAGGUGGUGGAGGAGGCAGUGGAGGAGCCGGUUCCCAGGGCCAGAACCCUGAGGACUUGCCUUCGUACGAGGAAGCCAAGGUGCAGUCACAGUAUUUCCGUGGCCACCAGCCACAGCCACAGCUUGGCCCAACGGUGGGCGCGGCCUUCUACGUCACCGGUGUCACCAACGCAAAGGUACGUCCUCCAGAGGGCCGCUCUGCGGUACAGCGGCUUGGUGCGGCCAAAGUGCACCAGGAUGAUGGCUUAAAGGACCUCAAGCAGGGUCAUGUGCGCUCACUCAGUGAGAGGCUUAUGCAGCUUUCUCUGGCCACGAGCGGCGUCAAAGCCCAUGCACCUGUGACCAGUGCGCCACUCUCACCCCAGCUGCCUCAACCGCCAGGACCGCCAGGGGACUACUACAAACCGGUGGGACCUCACCGCGGCCCGCCCCCAGACUAUCCCUAUAAAGGUCUACCCUCUCCACCCAAACAGCAGCAGCACCACCAUCCACAGCACCAAGAUCCAGGACACUACUAUUCAGACCACCGCGGCUCGGCUCAGCAGUCCAGAGCUGAUGUCCCUCAUGUGCGCUACCAGCCACCACCCGAGUAUGGCUCUUUCCGCUCCAAUAAAGAGAGCUCAGGACACUCCCAGAGGCCCAUCCAUCAGCACAGCCCCACGUCCUCUGUCACCUCAGUGGGUUCACUGUCCCGUGCUCAGUCCUCCACCCUCAGCAACAUCAUGGCUUCUUCCCAUUCUUCUCCACCAAUGGCCCACCAGGUAGAACCACCUUUCACAGUGGGGCCACGGAGUCCACCAGGCUCCCAUCAGGGCGAGCCAUACGGCCCGGGCCCAGCUCACCAUCGGCCCCAUGGCUUCCCUCACGACCCCUAUGGCUCGGCACCCAGGGGCCUCCAUCUGCACCAGCACCAGUUCCAUCCACAGGGGCAGCAGCAGCCUGGUCCAGGGCAGCACUACCCACACCCCCACUCACUCCAGGGUGACCCCUAUGCCAUGUUGGCACGUGCCCAGCAGAUGGUGGACAUGCUCACUGAGGAGAACCGGCAACUCAAGCAGGAGAUGGAGGUGUGUGGGGAGAAGGUGUCCAAGCUGCAGAAGCUAGAGACUGAGAUCCAGAUGGUGUCCGAGGCCUAUGAGAACCUGGCCAAGUCCUCGUCCAAGAGGGAAGCCCUUGAGAAGACCAUGAGGAACAAGCUGGAGCUGGAAGUGCGCAGGCUGCACGACUUCAACAGGGAUCUAAGAGAACGUAUGGAAACAGCCAACAAGCAGCUAGCAGCCAAAGAGUGUGAGGGCACAGAGGACAACCGCAAAACCAUCUCUCAGCUUAUGGCUCAGAACAAAGAGACCCAGCGGGAAAAGGAGAAACUUGAGAUAGAGCUUAACGCGCUGCGCUCCACCAACGAAGACCAGCGCAGGCACAUCGAGAUCCGCGACCAGGCCCUGAACAACGCUCAGGCUAAAGUAGUCAAACUGGAGGAGGAGCUUAAGAAGAAGCAGGUCUACGUGGAGAAGGUGGAGCGGAUGCAGCAGGCUCUGGCUCAGCUGCAGGCUGCCUGCGAGAAGAGAGAGCAGUUGGAGCACAGAUUACGCACACGGCUGGAGAGAGAGCUGGAGUCGCUCAGGAUGCAACAGAGAUCGGGAGGCUCGCAGAACCCCACAGGUCCUGAGUACAGCACGACGGCCCUGAUGGAGCACCUGCGCGAGAAGGAGGAGAGGAUUUUGGCUUUGGAGGCUGACAUGACCAAAUGGGAACAGAAGUACUUAGAGGAGAGUGUCAUGAGACAGUUCGCCCUGGACGCAGCUGCAUCCGUUGCCACACAAAGAGACACUUCAUCAGCUAUGAUCAGCCACUCACCCAGCAGUAGCUACGACACCUCGGUGGAGGCGCGCAUUCAGAAAGAAGAGGAGGAGAUUCUCAUGGCCAACCGCCGCUGCCUGGACAUGGAGAGCCGCAUCAAGAACCUCCACGCACAGAUCAUCGAGAAGGACGCCAUGAUUAAGGUGCUGCACCAACGUUCGCGCAAGGAGCCAGGCAGCAAAGCCGACGGCCCGUCCACCAUGCGCCCCUCCAAGUCCCUCAUGUCCAUAGCCACGGGCUCGAGCGGAUUGGGCAGCUCAGGCCUGCUCUCUCACUCACUAGGGCUCAGCGGCAGCAGCCCGAUUACAGAGGAACGCAAGGAGGACCGAAGCUGGAAGGGCAGUCUGGGUGUGUUACUGGGGCCAGAGUUCAGAGGUGACUCUUUGAGGACCGAAUCCAUUUCGUCUUCUCCGUCUCCAGUGCUGCCGUCCACCCCGAUGCCAGCUGCUGCCCACUCGAAGACGGGCAGCCGGGACAGCUGUACACAGACAGACAAGAGUCAGGAGUCAAGCAAACCCAGCACCCCGGCGCUGCAGAGCGUAGCAGCCAACAACCGCAUCAGCAGCCCCAGUCCUGUCUAUAUCCCCGACCGUAUUGCAGACGUUCCAGUGUUCCACAGCAGUACUCUGGAGAGGAGAGCGCCAGUACAGUCUCAUCCUCAACAGCCGCAGCCACAAUCACAGCCACAGCCACAAAAACAGGAGGAUGUAGAUAACGAGAUGGUGGAAAUACUCAUCUGAACCAUGUAACACACACACACACACACACACACACACACACACAACAGGUGAAGGAUUCCUUUUUCUAUGUCAUGCGCUUGUGUUAGUACUUUGGGGACACUCAUGGUGUAUUGAAAUGCACUACGUUUUUAUGCCUUGUAUAGAACAAUACACCAUGUCAGUUAUGAUUAACGUUUUGUACAGUAUUCUGUGGUGGCAUUUUGACUCUUGAGUUUAGGACCAAAUGUAUUGGCAACCUUUUUUUGCAUUUAUUGCACUACUUUUUUUUUUUUUUCUUUAAGCUUUCAAUAUUAUUUGAACUAGAUAGUGCACAUAUACCAAUGUUAUCAAUUUUUGGCACUUGAGUUAUACAAUGGUAUUGUACCUAGUGAAACAGUCGUUGCAUGUAAAUACUGUAUCUAAAUACUGUAAGACCACAUGUAAGAUAGGAGGAGUGAAUGUGUACGGCCCUGUGAACUUUAAAGGCACUGCCAGAGUGUUGAAGAGUACUGACCUCACAGAAUUGCGUGGUCUGUGGUUUUGCUGUGUAUGCAAAAGAAAAAAAAAAAAAACCCAACUGGUUUUGGGUUUGUGUAAGCGUGUAAUGUGAGUGAAUCUGUUUUUUUUUUUUUUUUUUUUUUUGGGGGGGCGUUUUUUCGACCAGCAAGUGUCCUUCUUUCCACAUGUGCUUCGGCCGCGUCACUGUGCAUAAAGUGGUGAACACAAGCAGUCAUUUCAUACGUCACGGUCUGCCAAGUCUCUCUCCAUUUCAGACUUUUUUUUUUAACAUGAUGGUUACUAUAAUUACAUUGUCUGUUAUAUAUAUAUAUAUAUAUAGUAUGACGUGUUGCGUAUGAGAAAUUCCAGGGAAUUCACAAUAUACAUUUCGCUUUUGACCAAAGGAUACAGAGAGAAUGCACACCUUGUAUACGUGUCAUAAAAAAAUGGGUUAACGAAUUAUGUUUCACUGGGCAAAAACAGCUGGAUUGAAAAAUGGUUGGUCUGCUAAAUUAAGCCAAUUAAUGUCAUAUAUUCUCUCUAUAUUCACUUUUUUUGCUCAGUGGGUUCUCGACAUUGUCUUAAAAUCUGAAUAUCAUCUAAAGAGUUCAUAUCAUUUCUUUUGUUUUUUCCAGGAAUGUUUGAAAUUUGGUCAAAAACAUAUGUUUAUCUCUAGGCACUGAAAAUAUACCGUCAGUGUAUUAUUGUAUUUUUGUAAUUGUUGUAUUAAAUUAAAUGUUACAGUGACUCCA